AUGACCAACAAGAUCGCCGCCAUCACCGGUCAAAACGGUUUCAUCGCACUUCAUACCGCUCUCUGGUUCCUGGAGCACGGUUGGGAUGUCCGUGGUUCAGUCCGAUCUGAAUCUAAAGCUCAGCUGGUACGUGAGAACCCAACGUUUGUCAAGUAUGCCCAAGAAGGAAGGUUGGAACUUAUUGUUGUCCCUUCUUUGAGUGGAGAUGUUACCAAGCUCUUGGAAGGUGUCGCGGCUGUUGUUCAUAUUGCUACUCCUAUGGACAUGGAAGGAAAAGGAUGGGAAUCUUACGUCGGUGAUGCCAAAGCGGACGUCACCAACCUCCUUACUGCGGCAAGCAAAGUUCCGACUAUCGAAGCCUUUUCCGUCAUGUCAUCUUGUGCCCUUCAUCUCGACCCCUUCAACGGAUUUCAAGGAGAGCCAGGCAAGACGUACAGUGAAGAAGAUGUUAGUCCCGUUACAGAGGAACAAGCUGCCAAUGCGACUUUGGACAGUAUGAUUGGAUGGGUUACCAGAUACGGAAAGAUGAAGGAACUUACCGAACAAGAAGCUAUCAAAGUACAUGCUGCUCUUGGAGCUAAAUUCACUUUGACGUUGAUCCGACCUACAAUGGUAUCCGGUCCUUCGUUAGAUGUAACUUCUCCCGAAGGAGUACCCACAGCUAGUGUAUCAAGCAGAAAUAUGUUAGCUUUGAUCAGUGGUAAAGAUUCUCCUGUCCAACCUGAUCUCGGGUUCCUCAGUGUUGAUGCUCGUGAUGUCGCAAAAGCAUUUUACGAAGUUGUUGUUCGUAAAACUUCCGGAGCGUAUAUCUUGAAUGGUCCUACAUACGAUAAUCAACUUCUUGUCAAUGUAGCUCGUUCCGUUCGUCCAGAUUUAGACAAAUACAUUCCUCUUGGUAAUCCUGAAAAACUUCCUUCAAAGGAUGUAUCUUAUAUUUUCCCAGGGGCUAAAGCUACUAAAGAGUUAGGUGUAGAAUACCAUACAUUAGAAGAAAGUAUUCGUGAUACUCUUGCAUACUUUGAACAAAUCGGUUUGUUCAAGGCGUGA